CACAUUUCGUACAUAAAAUCUCAAUUCAAGAAAUAAAAUUUAAUUUCCCACAAAUUCGAUCAAUUUUCUAAUUUUUGAAGCUUUCAUUACAUUUUCUGGUACUAGGACGACAAUAAUGGAGACUGUAACAACGUCUCACUUCAUUUCGAGCUUUACUAAUAAUGGCGGUAUAGCAAGUUCAGAUCCUAAGCUGACAUUAAUAAACAACGGCUUGAAGAAGAAUAAUCAAAUGAUCCCGGCUCAUAACGGACUAAGGUCAUUAAAGAACAAUGUAGAUAUGAUAAAAUUAAGGACUACCGCGAAAAAUGCUACUGAAGAGCUGAGGAUAGAAAAAUCUGGUAUAAAAUGUGGGAUGAAGUUGGUGUUUGUUGGUGCAGAAGUUGCACCAUGGAGUAAAACCGGCGGUCUAGGGGACGUUCUUGGAGGUCUCCCUGCCGCCUUAGCAGCCAGAGGACACCGUGUGAUGACGAUCUCUCCUCGUUAUGAUCAAUACAGAGAUGGAUGGGAUACUAGUGUCACACUUGAGGUGAAAGUUGGAGAUAGAACUGAAACAGUGCGUUUCUUCCAUACUUACAAACGAGGGGUUGAUCGAGUUUUUGUUGAUCAUCCGAUUUUCCUAGCUAGGGUAUGGGGGAUUACUGGGUCAAAACUCUAUGGUCCAGAGGCUGGAGAGGACUACAAAGAUAAUCAACUUCGAUUUAGCUUAUUAAACCAGGCAGCUUUGGAGGCACCAAGAAUUCUGAAUCUCAACAACAAUCCCUACUACUCUGGAACAUAUGGGGAAGAUGUUGUUUUCAUCGCGAAUGAUUGGCAUACUGCUCUUCUCCCAGCCUACCUUAAAAGUGUGUACAAACCCAGAGGCAUCUACAGAAAUGCAAAGGUUGCUUUCUGCAUUCACAAUAUUGUAUAUCAAGGAAGAUUUGCCUUGGAAGAUUACCCGCGUCUUAAUCUGCCUGAGGAAUUAAAACCAGCUUUUGAUUUCAUUGAUGGGUAUGACAAACCUGUAAAGGGUAGGAAGAUUAACUGGAUGAAGGCGGGUAUUUUGGAAUCAGACCGUGUAGUAACUGUUAGCCCCUUCUACGCACAAGAACUUAUGUCGGGUGUUGAGAGAGGAGUUGAACUCAACAAAGAAGUUCAGAGAACUGGAAUUACUGGUAUAGUGAACGGCAUGGAUGUGCAAGAAUGGAACCCAACUUUUGACAAGUAUAUUGGUUCGAAUUAUGAUAUAACAACUGUUAUGAAUGCAAAGCCUCUUAUAAAGGAAGCCCUGCAAGCAGAAGUUGGUCUACCUGUGGAUAGGAAUAUACCUUUGAUUGGUUUUAUAGGCAGGCUUGAAGAACAGAAAGGUUCUGACAUUCUUGCAGCAGCUAUUCCUCAGUUCAUCAAGGAAAAUGUGCAGAUUAUUGUUCUUGGGACAGGAAAGAAGGAAAUGGAGAGGCAGAUUCAACAGUUGGAAGCCCUUUACCCUCAAAAGGCGAGAGGAGUGACAAAAUUCAACGUCUCAUUAGCUCAUAUGAUCGUAGCUGGUGCAGAUUACAUGCUGAUACCAAGCAGAUUUGAGCCCUGUGGACUUAUUCAGCUCCACGCAAUGCGUUAUGGAACGGUGCCUCUUGUAGCCUCAACUGGUGGACUUGUAGAUACUGUUAAAGAAGGUUAUACUGGAUUCCACAUGGGCCGUUUCAGUGCAAAUUGUGACAUGGUAGAUCCAACUGAUUUACAAGCUGUUGUAACAACAGUAAAGAAGGCGGUAGCAACAUAUGGAACUCCAACUUUAAAAGAGAUGAUCUUGAACUGUAUGGCACAAGACUUCUCAUGGAAGGAACCUGCAAAGAAAUGGGAGAACCUGCUGUUGAGCCUAGAGGUUUCUGGUAGUAGACCGGGAUUUGAAGGGAUCGAGACCACUCCCCUUGCUGUGGAAAACAUCGCGAAUCCUUAACUAUCAGAUGUACUGUCACAAAAGUAAAGAAUGAUAUAUAUAUGCAGUUCUGUAAAAAUGUAAAAUAUACAAAUGACUGAUGUUUUAUACCAAUUUUUUUUCUUGAAAUCGGGUUUUUGUAAAGCCUUUGUA